CAGGCCCGGCUCGGCGCCGCUGCCUCGAAGCUUCUGCCGGUGCCGGGGACACAGCGGUACCGGAGACACGGCGGAACCGGCGCAGGGAUUGCGCAGUCCACCAGGGAUCGGCCAGUGGAGCAGCGUCCGGGUACAUCUGGCGCCAGCAUGGAGCAAGCGCCCGCGACCUCGGCCAAGGCCCGCAGCCAGGGCUACUCCGCCCGCUGCGUCCCAGGGCAAAAGCCCCGCAAGGCCGAGUGAGCUGGAGCCGCCAGCCUGGGGACCUCUUUUAAGAUGACCCGCACGGACCCGCCGGACCUGUUGGUGUCGACCGUGUACCAGGACAUCAAGGUGGCGGCCCCGGGGCCCGCGUCCAGGCGCCCGCCAUGUGAGCGACCCGUGGCCCGGCCUGCUGCGCCCGCGCCUUUCAACAAGCGCCACUGCCGCAGCUUCGACUUCCUGGAGGCGCUGGACGGGCCGGCCAUGGAGGCCCGCCCGGAGCCACCGCCCGCGGAGCCCGCCGCGCCGCGCGCCCGGCCCCGCGACGGUGAGUCCCGGCGCCGCGCCCGCUCCAAGAGCGCGCCCCGCGCGCCCCCGGGCCUGGCGCCCGCGCCCGCCUCACCCCCUGUGCUGCCUCGCCGAGGCCGGGAGGCCCAGCGUGCAGCGCAGGCCGAGGCGUCGCCGCGCCGGGAGCCCGCGUACGCCCCGCUGCGCGCGCUCGCCAACGAGCUGCACCCCAUCAAGCUGCAGCCGCAGCGCGGCGGCCCUGGCCGCAUCGCGCCCCUGUGCGCCGCCGCCAGCCGCUGCGCGCCACCGGAGCCACCCGCUGGGCCCGCCCCCCACGUCCGCUGCCGCCUGGACAUCAAGCCGGACGAGGCGGUGCUGCAGCACGCGGCCCGGGGCGCGCGGCCGGGCGGGCCCUCCGACGGGGCGCCCUGGGCCCGCGCCGCCCCGCAGUUCCACGGCCUCACAGUGCCCGGGCCACGCCACUUGGCGCUCUCGCGCACGCCCACCCCCAGUGACUCGUACUGUGGGGACCCCCGGGCGCUGUACUGCGACGGGUCCCUGCCUGGGCCCCGGGACUACGCGGAGCGCCGCAGUCUGCCCUACAUCGCCCCGCCGGGCCCCACCCAGUUCUUCUACACCGAAGAGCCCGAGGGCUACCCGGGCGGCUUCACGGCCAGCCCCGGCCCUCCUCUCGACGGCUACUGCCCCAGGCCCUACCCGUCCGAGGAGGCGCCCAGGCCCAGUCCGAGGCGUGGGGGCGGCUACUAUGCAGGAGAUGCUCGCACCUUCCCUAUCCAGGAACCGCCGUCUCGCUCCUACUACAGCGAAGCCCCCCGAGCCUACGGCCCGCCCUGUGGCCCCCGCUACACCCCCGAGGAGCAUCGGGCGCACCCCGUCGCCCGCCCCUUCUACACAGAGGUCUUCGGACGGUACCGCGAGCGCGAUGCCCUGGCUCGGACUUACCCGCAUCCGCGGGGCAGCUCGGCCUGGGCCGACUGGGGCCCACGACCUUACCGCACCCUGCAGGUAGCGCCUCCCGCUGACCCGGGCCCGCUGCUCGCCUCGUGGCACGGUGGCACCGGCACCAGCCCACCCCUGCUGGCCACCGACAGCCGCCACUACUCGCGCUCCUGGGACAACAUUCUGGCGCCAGGGCCGCGCCGGGAGGACCCACUGGGCCGCGGCCGCAGCUACGAGAACCUGCUGGGGCGCGAGAUGCGGGAGCCGCUGGGCGUGUCCUCCGAACGGCGCCCGCCCGUCGUCGUGAACCUGUCCACCUCGCCCAGGCGCUACGCGGCGCUGUCUUUGUCCGAGACGUCGCUGUCCGAAAAGGGCCGUGCGGGCGAGGGCCUGGGCCGCAACUGGUACGUCACGCCCGAGAUCACCAUCACCGACAACGACCUGCGUGCCACCGAGCGCCCGGCCGCCAGGGGCUGGGAGCUGCCCAGGGGGCACCCGCAGCCGACUCGGCCCGCGGCUCCCGACGGCCCCACCUCCGGCCGCCAGCGAAGCCUAGAGCAGCUGGACGAGCUCAUCACCGACCUGGUCAUCGACUCGCGGCCUCCAGCUGGACAGGCUCCAGAGCCUCCGGCCGAGGGCCGCCAGCUGCGCCGCCUGCUGGACUCGAGGCUCGCAGGCCCCAGGGGCCCCGCGCUGGCGCCGCCGCGCUCGCCGCCCGCGUCCGCCGCCAGCGCCGAGGAGCCUGUGGGCCCGGGGGAGGCGGCCGACGCGUCUCCCGAGCCCAGCGCCGACGAGGACGACCUGAUGACCUGCUCCAACGCGCGCUGCCGACGCACCGAGACCAUGUUCAACGCCUGCCUGUACUUCAAGUCGUGCCACAGCUGCUACACCUACUACUGCUCGCGCCUGUGCCGCCGCGAGGACUGGGACGCGCACAAGGCGCGCUGCGUGUACGGCCGCGUGGGCAGCGUGUGCCGCCACGUGCUGCAGUUCUGCCGCGACAGCGGCCCGGUGCACCGCGCCUUCUCGCGCAUCGCGCGCGUGGGCUUCCUGUCGCGCGGCCGCGGCGUGCUCUUCCUGGGCUUCCCGAGCCCCGGCUCGGCCGACAACUUCCUACGCUUCGGCCUCGAGGGGCUGCUGCUGUCGCCUACCUACCUGUCGCUGCGCGAGCUGGCCACACACGCGGCGCCCCUGGGCAGCUACGCGCGAGAGCUGGCGGCCGCCGGGCGCCUCUACGAACCGGCCGAGUGCUUCCUGCUCAGCGUGUCGGUGGCCGUAGGCCCCGGCGCCGCGCCCCCGGGCGCCCCCGCCCGGCCCGCGCCCGCGCCGCGCAGCCCGGGACCCACCGUGCGCAAGUUCGCCAAGGUGGCGCUGGCGGCCGGCAGCCCGGCGCGGCCGCCUCAGGCGCGCGGCCGCGAGCCCGAUAUGGAGACGCUGAUCCUGACGCCGCCGCCCGGCACGGCGGGCCUGGACCAGGACGGCGAGGCGGGCCGGCGCGCGCGCGAAGUGGCUUUCAUCCACAUCCAGCGCGAGCUGCGCCUGCGCGGCGUCUUCCUGCGCCACGAGUUCCCGCACGUGUACGAGCAGCUCUGCGAGUUCGUCGAGCGCAACCGGCGCUUCACGCCCACCACCAUCUACCCGACCGACCGGCGCACCGGCCGCCCCUUCAUGUGCAUGAUCAUGGCCGCCUCCGAGCCGCGCGCGCUCGACUGGGUGGCCAGCGCCAACCUGCUGGACGACAUCAUGUGAGCGCUGGCCCCCAGGCGCAGCCCGGCCCGAGUCCCGCCGAGCCCACUCAGGCCCUGCCCGGCCCGCCCGAGUGCUCCGCGUCCGCCAGCCCCGCCCGCACUCCGCUCCUAGGCCCGCCUCUCCGUUUAUUCUUCGUAGGCCCCGCCCCUCCCAUCCCCCCACCCAACGACCCGUCCCCACCGGGCCCGCCUGGCUCCCUCCUCCCUGGUCUGCUCCCUCCCUCGGGGUCCCCGCAAAGGCUGGUCCUCGCCCUCGGUGCUCCCCGCUGGGUGGCGGGGUGGGCCUGAGGACCGCCCGGCUCUGCCUUCACGCGCAGGAGUCGCUGCUGCACAGAUCCCGCCCGCACAGAUAUGGUCCCCAUCCGUCCACGGGGCCUCGUCUCGUCACUUUACGUACACCCCUGAUCCCGCCUCCUGGGGUCUGGGCUGCGUCCUGGCCAGGCGGUGGGCAGGGCCUGCGGUGCACCGUGCGUUUGCGCUGGUCCGAACCCGCACACCGACAGUGCUGCCCGCCCUGCCGUCGCCUCUGGCUGUCCUGAUUUGGGCCCUGCAGUCGGGUUUCGGGUUUGGGGAAAACAGCCGAGGGAGAUCCUCGGAGGACUUGAGGCCAAGGCGCAAGCCACCCAGCCAGAGGGGCGGGGAACCUGGGCAGGGAAGGCCGAGCGUGUGGGCGGGGGCGCGGGCCAGAGUCGGGGUGCCCACCCGCACCUGGCAGGAUGGCUCUGGGCAGGUGCCCGGCGGAGCGGGGUUGCAAACGGCAGCGCAGGCCCUAACCUCACGGGGAGGCUGGGAGCCCCCGCAGAGCCCUGACCAGCGGGAAGGGGACCGCAGAAGCCUUACAAGAAGGGGCUCCUACCCGCUGGUGUAGGAAGGACCAAAGAACUGGGGGUGUCCAGUUGCGUGCCGGGCGGGGAACGCGUGGGUGGGAGCAGAGGCGGUAGCGAGCUGGCUGGCCGCAGCGGAGGUCCCCCGCAGGGCGGGUGUGCUCUGUCCCUAGAGUCACACUGUUCAACUGCACACGGGGUACCGGCCCUCCCCGGGGGUGCGCCCUGGUCGGCGCCGGGGGUUCCACGGAGGGCCGAGUGACCGGGAGGAGAGGCGAGGCCAGGCGCUGCGCGAGGGUCCUCCUGGACCCCCAGCGCCCCGUCGGAGCCACGGGAGGAGCAUCAAGUGGAAGAAAUUGUGAACCCCGCCUCCGCACCCUGCUCUCGCCCCACCCGCCUGCGCGUCCCCCUCGGCCCGGGCGUUUGCACCGGCCAUGGCGUCCCGCUUGCCCCGCCUGCCUUCGCGGCCCCACGCCCCACGCCCGACGGCCGGCCACCAACGCCUCUGGACCGGAAUUAUCUCCAGGGGGCGAGCGCUUUCGAACCGAGUAAAGUAGAACUUGAAUGUAGCCGCUGCUGUCUCCUUGUGCCGCGAGGUGUUUGCCAUCCGACCCCGUUGAAAAGAAACUUUCCCGUCGGCUGGGUUUAAUCACCACCCGUUCCCGGUUCCACGUUCCCUUUAAGUGUGGCCGGAGUGGUCCCAAGGCUGCAGGAACUGGGUUUCCAUUGGCCAGUCCGUGUCUGGCGUC